CCAGCAGAUAUCAUCACCUACUCCUAUAACAAGCAGAUGGUAUAUGUCACGCCAGGAGAAACUUAUGACCAAGCGCUCGACUUCGCUCAGGAAGUCUAUCCUGAGCUUCGCACCUGUCCACGCGAAUGCAUCCAUUUCAAGAUCAGUGUCUCAGUCAAUGGAUCGCGACAGAAAGUACGGAUAGGGUCACGGGCGUGGGGGAAAGUCCUUGCAAACCUCACACGUUACGAGGUGGUGGAGAUU